AUGCCAAUCUUCAAAGACCAGGAGCAACAAGAGCUCAUCCAUCAUCACCCGUGGCCUGUGAGCUGCACUGAAAACAAUGACGACAUAACACAGCCCAAACCACUGAAACAAAACGCUGAGAGAGAGGAAGUUAUUGCUGAUACUUCCUCGUGGGCGUCCAAUAUGGACGCACGCAGUGGCCCUCAGCGAUUGCAAACGAGUGAUCGUGAAGUGUUGAUACGAAGCAUCAAGAAGGGUGAAAGUCCUACUUGGGUUCCUAAUCGUUCUCUGGAAGAGUAUUUCGCAACCCAUGGAGACCCUCCACACUCAAGGCUUGAAGGCCAGCUGAACACAGAGAAAUCCCAUCCUCUCCUCCCUGCUGCAGAAAUAAAGAAAUCACCAGAGCGUGGUUGCAACAGUGAAAUAUUGACGAGUUGUGCGUCUGAAAUCGAGAGGCCACGAUCAGCCUUGCAUUCGGGUGACUUUCGCGAGGGAUCACCCCAAGACCACCAACCAGGCGAUCAAGAACCUUUUGGGCCGGAUCCCAGUCGUGUUCGUUUUAAUUCUUCUCCAACCACACCAUGGUAUACACCUACAAGUCCACCACGGCCUACAAGGCAGGAUGUCGACUCAGUUUUGGCCAGAAGUCGGGCAAGGGCUCCGUCCUUGAAUUCAUUUUCUUCAUUGAACUCUUUUUCUUCAAGUUUUAUUCUUAAGGCCCCGACAAGUCCACUAGUCCACCAGGCCAAUAAUACCGACCUCGACUUCUCAUCCAAGAUUGAUCCUCUCGAUCUAUCUUCCAGCUCUGAAAACACUAAUCGUCGUCGUACCUUACCGCCAGAAUCCUUUAUGUCCUUCCAAUCUUCUCCUCCUGGAUCCCUAAGAGGAGCCAUGGUUCCGAACUCUUCCCGGUCUUGGAGAAGAGAGGCAACUUUUCCCUACCAAGCUCACCAGCCCCGAAGGUCGUUAACGUCAGCUUACACUCUCCAACCCGCAUCAUCCCCACAAACACCUUUCAUAGCACGCUCGAGAAGGCCAUCCUUUUCCACCGAUAUCUCCUCCCCACUUCAUCACGCAUCUAUGGUCGGAUCAUAUGAAGAAUCCAUUUUACGAGGGAGAAUGUCGACAUCCCCGUCUAAACCUCUGGAUUUCACCGCUCAAAUCGGUGUACUUGGGAGAGGUAAUUGUAAACCCAAUUUAAAAUGCCCUCCUCAUGUUACUGUGCCGUUUCCGGCCGUUUUUUAUAGCUACCCAGCGUCCGGCAGCGGGCGAUCAAUAUCAGAUGAUAGUCCCAGUCCAUACGUUGGUUUCAUCGAUAUUGAAAAUACGUUUCCAAGGGAAGACAAAACAAACCAAAAAAGUCGGCGGCGCUAUGCCAGCCCACUAAAACAUGUUGAUAAACAUAUAGAAGUGGGCACUACUAUGUCAGAUGUGAAUACAAAUGUUACAACACAACAGGAAUGGCGUAGGAGGGAGAAGCGAUCGCGACGGUCAUCAUCUCCAAAAUCACCCCCUGGAGGAUGUUACAGAAUACCACAACUAGGCCAACUACAAAUCAUCAUUAAAAAUCCCAACAAAACUGCAGUGAAACUAUUCCUCGUUCCUUACGAAUUAGAAGGAAUGGAACCAGGAACUAAAACCUUUAUCCGACAGCGAAGUUAUUCAGCUGGACCGAUUAUUGACAUGCCCCUGUCAGCCAGGACAAAUAUUGGAACCGACCCAACAGAAGCUUCCUUGGGUAUGAACGAAGAUCCAGCCGGCAAGCCGAUACUAAGAUAUUUGAUUCAUCUGAAUAUUUGCUGUCCAUCCCGCGGUCGCUUUUACCUCUACUCGGGAAUCCGUGUCGUUUUUGCGAAUAGAGUCCCGGACGGUAAAGAGAAGCUGAUAAAUGAAAUUCAGUACCCUGAUCCUCAAUAUAGCCCUUAUAAACCCUCCAAGGAAAUUGCCAGUAGGCACAGAAAUGCUGGUUAUGGGCCUGGUUUACAGCCCAUAACUCCAAUGGGGAUUGGCCUCAAUAAGCGCGAGCCUAACUUUUAUGCUCAGUCGCCUCCACUACCCCAUUUAAAGACGCUCAAUUUCGGUCUCCCCGUUCAUGCGUCUGGAAAUGCUCGCCUAGAUGCCUCGGAUUGCGAGAAACGUGGGAUGGAGGAGCAUGAUCCACAUGGCCCUCACUCGCUGUUUGGUAAUUUUUCGAGUCAAACUGCUUCUAACCCAAGUGACCUCCCCACUCUUCCGCUAUCUUCAAUUAACUCGUUACCUUCACUCGACCUGCCAAGUUCGAGUGCAGACGCAAGUAAUAUGUACAGCAAACGGCAAAAGGGUGAUGUUGGAUAUGGAAGCCCUUCCGGGAUGAGCUCGAUCGGAAACGAAACAGGAGAGAGCCUACUGGCGCGAAAACUGAGAAAGCUAGAUGUUAUGUUAAAUCCAGACGUGUCGGACGAAAAGUAA